AGGAGAGGAGAGGAACCGCUGCUUUGUAAUGCCGGCUGCGUGGCCGCGGCGCUGCGAAAGUCGCACGCUGCUGGCUUGGACGCGCCGCGGUCUUUUGCCGCGGCGGAGUCGCACGGGAGACGCGCAGCAGCAGCAAGUGCUCGGGCGCCGUCUUCCAGCCUUGCCUCUGCUCCACCACCACGCACUCUGCCGCCGCCAUGCUCCGGCCACUAUUCCGUCUGCGCCCGCUGGCGCGCUCCUCGCUCGCCGCGCUGGCGCCGCGGCCGCUGGCGCCGCUGCGUCUGGCGCCCGUCGCCCGCGCGCUGCACGUCUCGGCCGUGCGCGCCCACGGCAGCAUCACCCGCCCGCCAAAGGGCGAGGGCAUCCGGCUCAUCUUCCGCGACGCCAAGGGCGAGGAGAAGGAGGUGCGGUGUAAUGAGGGCGACGACAUCCUGGGCGUGGCGCACGAGUGGGACAUUGAGCUGGAAGGCGCAUGCGAGGGCAGCAUCGCCUGCUCCACCUGCCACGUCAUCCUGCCACCAGAGCACUACGAUGCGCUCGAGGAGCCGGGAGACGACGAGAACGACAUGCUCGACCUGGCCUUUGGCCUGACAGACACGUCAAGGCUGGGCUGCCAGGUGCACGUCGACAAGUCGCACGACGGCAUGGUCGUGCAGCUGCCCGCGGCCACGCGGAAUAUGCGCGUCGAUGGCAGCAAGCCGACACAUCACUAGCGGGGCAAUGGAGAUGACUGCAUGGCUGCAGGUGCAGCGUUAAGAGCAGGACGAGAUGGGAGGUUGACGUGGGAUAAUGCGAGGUCGGUGCCGCGAGGCAGAGAGGCGAAGAGACAGAGCGCGUUGCGCCGGGUUCAGCAGCGCUGCUCACUGCAGGUGGCUUCAAUGCGCGGCCUCUGCGGCCUCUGGUUCGCGAGGCAUGGGCGAGCUAGCGCCUCGUCACCGCAAAUACAGAUGUCCGCCUGCCCACGCCGAGAGAGUCGCCCAAGCACGCACACAAGAACGGCGUCAGAUUCGGUCGUGAAGGACAUGAGGGUGCGGAAAGCGGAAGACAGAGAGGGGCCACGGGACGGAUGAGUGGGAGCGC